CUUAGAAGUGGACCAAGGGUAACCACAGAGACCCUGCCCAUCGUUCUACGCGACAUGUCGAACCUACUGCUACACUACGCAUGAUGCGAGUAAACGUAGAAGUUGCGCACGCCCGCAUACGCACAGUUUCAGCUCCCAUUGUCCGUGCCCGGCGCUUGCACUUAACUCACGGAAACCCACAUCUGAUCUCUCUUCCUUGCUAAACGGUCCUUCCGCACCUCCUUUAGCUCUCCUUCCUCUUUUACCGCUCUAUUUCUCUUUAUGGCCGUGGACCCAAUCUAGGUUUUCAAAGCUAUCAAAUAAGCAAGCUGAAAAUAAAAGGUAGCGAUGUAUGUGAGGCGAAUAAAGUGUAGAUAUCGGAGAUGGGGUUCUGAGUUUCAGCAAUCCAAAGGUUUGAGUUGGCCAAACUGCCCAGAGCAUGCUUCUUCUCAAUUCUUGAGUCGUACACUCGUGAAGAGAAGCCACUCUUCACAUAAUGGUUUGAUCAGAAGACAUGUUUUAGACUCUAUUACAUCCAGGGGUAUUGGUGGUUGUAGUACUUACAGUGGUCUGCAUGCGAGGCUUAGUUUAUAUUCAAAGAGUAGCCAGCUACGUGUCUAUAGUUCUGAAGGUGAUGGAAGGAAUGCGAGUCAGGAUAAGCAUACACCCAUCGAAGAUGGGAGUAGCUCUGAUAAGGGAAAGACUCAGCAACAAAAUGUUAAUGAAGAUGUGAGGCGUUCUGAUGCGCAUGCUUGGCUUGGGGAGCAAGAUCAGAAAGAGUGGCUGGCCAAUGAGAAGCUUGCUAUUGAGAGUAAGAUGAGGGAAUCGCCUUUUUCAACCAGACGCGAGAAGUUCAAAACUGAGUUUUUACAGAGGAUUGUUCCUUGGGAAAAUAUAUCAGUAUCUUGGGAGACAUUCCCUUACCAUAUUCAUGAGCACACCAAAAAUAUUUUGGUGGAAUGUGCUGCCUCUCAUUUGAAACAUAAGAAGUUCACUGCGUCUUAUGGUGCUCGGUUGACGACUUCAAGUGGGAGAAUAUUGCUUCAAAGCAUUCCAGGCACUGAACUGUACCGUGAGAGAUUAGUGAGAGCACUUGCACGGGAUCUACAAGUUCCCCUACUGGUGCUUGACAGCAGUGUUCUUGCUCCUUACGAUUUUGGUGAUGAUUUUACAUCAGAAUGUGAAUCAGAUGAUAAUGAUGCAGAAUCCGGGGAGGAGGCUACUUCAGAAUCGGAGGUUGACGAUGAGAAUGAUGCGAGCAAUGAAGAAGAGUGGUCUAGCAGUGCUGAGGCGAAUGUAGAUGGUAGUGAUAAUGAUGAAGAUGAUGUGCAAGCAACUGCAGAAGCGGCUCUCAAGAAGCUUAUUCCAUGCAACCUUGAAGAUUUUGGAAAGGGGGCCUCUGGAGAAUCUGAGAGUUGCACUGAGUCCACAAAGUCCGAGGCGGUUGAAUCUGCUAAUAAAUCCAAACGACCACUAAAGAAAGGUGAUCGAGUAAAAUACAUUGGGCCUUCUGUGUGCAUUGCAGCGGAUAACAGGCCUUUAUCAAAUGGUCAACAUGGAGAGGUAUAUGAGGUGAAUGGAGAUCGAGUUGCUGUCAUUUUGGAUAUGAGUGAAAAAAAUACUAAUGACGAAGAGGGGGAGAAACUCAAAGAAGAACCUUCAAAACCCCCAAUUUAUUGGAUAGAUGUUAAGGAGAUAGAGCAUGAUCUUGACACUCAGACAGAAGAUUGCUAUGUUGCAAUAGAUGCUUUAUGCGAGGUUUUGAGAUCCAUGCAACCACUCAUUGUCUAUUUUCCAGACUCUUCUGAAUGGUUGUCUAGGGCAGUUCCCAAGUCAAAUCGUAAGGAGUUUGUCCAUAAGGUGCAGGAAAUGUUUGACUUGUUAUCAGGUCCAGUUUUUCUAAUAUGUGGGCAGAACAAAGUUGAAUCAGGGUCAAAGGAGAAGGAGAAAUUUACGAUGAUACUUCCAAAUUUCGGACGCCUUGCUAAACUGCCGCUCCCUUUAAAGCAUCUCACUGAGGGUCUGAAGGCAACAAAGAGAUCGGAUAACAACGAAAUAUAUAAGCUCUUUGAAAAUGUUUUGAGCAUAUAUCCCCCCAAGGAGGAGGAUCUCCUUAGAACCUUCAAUAAACAGGUUGAAGAAGACCGGAGGAUUGUGAUAACACGGAGCAAUUUGAAUGAAUUAAAUAAGGUUCUUGAAGAAAAUGAGCUGUCAUGCAUGGACCUAUUGCAUGUAAAUACAGAUGAUGUGAUAUUGACCAAAAGGAAAGCUGAGAAAGUUGUUGGCUGGGCUAAAAAUCAUUACUUGUCUUACUGUGAGCUUCCAUUGAUAAAAGGGGGAAGAUUGCUUUUACCACGUGAAAGCCUUGAAAUUGCAAUCUUGAGGUUGAGGGAACAAGAAGCUAUAUCUCGAAAGCCCUCACAAAGUUUGAAGAACAUUGCAAAAAAUGAAUAUGAGAGCAAUUUUAUUUCGGCAGUGGUUCCCCCGGGUGAAAUUGGUGUCAAGUUUGAUGAUAUAGGUGCGUUGGAAGAUGUGAAGAAGGCACUAAAUGAACUUGUCAUUCUUCCAAUGAGGAGGCCUGAGCUUUUCUCUCAUGGAAACUUGUUGCGGCCUUGCAAAGGAAUAUUACUUUUUGGGCCACCUGGAACAGGGAAAACCCUUCUUGCCAAGGCUCUUGCCACAGAAGCUGGGGCAAACUUUAUCAGCAUAACGGGUUCGACUCUUACAUCAAAGUGGUUUGGAGACGCGGAAAAGCUUACCAAGGCUCUCUUCUCCUUUGCUAGCAAGCUCGCUCCUGUCAUUAUAUUUGUUGAUGAGGUUGACAGUCUGCUUGGUGCUCGUGGUGGUGCAUUUGAGCAUGAGGCAACUAGAAGAAUGAGAAACGAGUUCAUGGCAGCUUGGGAUGGAUUGAGGUCCAAAGACAGCCAAAGAAUCCUCAUUCUAGGCGCCACAAAUCGACCUUUUGAUCUUGAUGAUGCCGUAAUUCGUCGCCUACCGAGAAGGAUAUACGUGGACUUACCAGAUGCUAAAAAUCGGUUGAAGAUUUUGAGAAUAUUUCUUUCACAAGAGCAUCUAGAACCUGAAUUUCAGUUUGACAAACUUGCCUAUGCAACUGAGGGAUACUCUGGUAGCGAUUUGAAGAAUCUGUGUAUUGCUGCAGCAUAUAGACCUGUUCAAGAACUUUUGGAGGAAGAAAAAGAGGGAGACAAAAGUGGUGUAGGUCCAGUCUUAAGGCCACUUAGUUUGGAUGAUUUUAUCCAGUCAAAGACGAAGGUUGGGCCAUCGGUUGCCUAUGAUGCUGCAAGCAUGAAUGAGCUGAGGAAAUGGAAUGAGCAGUAUGGGGAAGGCGGAAGUAGGCGGAAAUCACCAUUUGGUUUCGGAGAGUAAUUUUAGAGAUUUACCAUUAAUUUAUUCUUGGGAAAUUUGGAAAAGGGCACCUAAUUGUGGUGUAAAUGUAUGCCUAAGAGGAAAUCUCACGUUUUCGUCUUUUUGAGUAGACGAGGGAGAAGGCUUUGCCUUGUAAUGUAAUGUAAUGUAGUAAAGCUGCCAUAUUGAUUUUUUUUUUUUCUUUCCCGAAAUAUUUCGGUUCCAGUUGUGCCCUGUAAAAUAUUGCAAACCUUGGGCAUUUUUUUUUUCAGUUAUUUUACAAAAAGCUAAUUAACAAUUUUGAAGUUUACCCCGUA